AUGAGCAGUGAAGGACAGGGUCAAACAGAGGAGAUCAGCGCAUCAGAUUUUGUUAAUCAACAAAAACAAUUAGAGGAUGAAGCUAGAGAGCUGAUGCCUUGGGAACCUAAGCAGUGUACAUAUGAGUUGGGAUCGAUAAGACAACCUGUGUUUGCGUGCCGUUCCCAUAACCAGAUUGGAAUAUGUUACUCAUGCUCCAUUCUAUGCCAUACAUCUUGUGACAUAGUAGAGCUGUUUACCAAGAGACAUUUCACUUGUGACUGUGGGACUGAGAGGGAUACAAAACCUGCAGAUGAGGAUGGUAUUCACUGUCAACUAAGAAAGAAUAGAUCGAAGGAUAUAUCCUCUGACAGCAAUGAGUAUCGUCAAAAUUUUAAGGGACUUUUCUGUGGAUGUUCAACAGAGUAUGAUCCGGAGAAUCCAGCAGUAAUGCUACAAUGUGUGCUGGGCACCGAAUGUGGUGAGGACUGGUUUCAUGACUACUGUAUACUAGGUAAAACCAAGGAGGAAGCUGAUGAACUACGUGCGAGGAAACAGCCUGAUGCUGAGAAUGACGACGAGUUGGAAGAUCCGCUAGCUGGCAUGCCUGAUCUAGAAACUUUUGAUGCUUUUGUGUGCUGGAAGUGUACUAGUAAAUAUGAACAAUAUUUCAAGAGACUUUUAUCGCAUCCUCUGUCAGAGACAGUUAUAGCGAAGCAAUUAUAUCGUCAGUGCUCGGAGGUCAAGGAGACAGACGACGGCAAAAGAAAGCACGAUGAGGGAUCCGAGGACUACUCUUUGUUCCUUAAAAAGGACCACGAGAGUGCUUUCAAGAAGAUACUAAAGUCAUCCGAAGCGGAUUCCAAGAUUCGCAUUUUCUUGACCGAUUUAGCGCCACAUCUGAUCAAGGACGAGCCCGUGUACGAGCCACCGGAAGAGAAGGAAGAGACACUGUCGAUUGAAGCUCUAACUCGACAGAUAAUCCAGAAUGCAAUGGAUAGGCACACUGCUGUGGAAGGGCUGACAGCGUUCCACUCUUUGAAGGACAAGCUGAACUCAUUCCUGGCACCGUUCGCUGAGGCCGGCCAGACAGUGAAAGAAGAGGACAUAGUCACCUUCUUCAGCAAAUCGAAACACUAG